AUGCGGUUAAAGACAUCGAUUGGCGUAAUGGCACAUAGACAGUUGAGGAUCUUCUUCUUGGUUGCCGGGGUUAAUCAUAAUGAGACGUUUGCUCCUAUUGCAAAAAUGGGUACGAUACGUCUCUUUCUAAUUGUUGUUGUGUCUUUACAUUGGAAGUUACAUCAGAUUGAUGUUCAUAAUGCAUUUCUUCAUGAUGAUUUGGAUAAAGUGGGAAGUGUAUCUUUACAUGUUGUCUAUGUCGAUGAUUUGAUCAUUACAGGGCCUCUCAUGAUGCCAUUGAUUGGGGCGCUUAAGUAUUUUUUAGGCAUUGUGGUUGCUCAUAGUCAGGAGGUAUCUUUCUCAACGAAUUCUCAACAAAAGUACGCUUUGGAUAUCUUGACUGAGGCAGGUAUGUUGGGUUGCAAACUCACUAAUACUCCAAUGGAGCAGAAUCGUAGUCUUACACAUACUUCGGGUGAGUCGUUUGCUCAUACGGAUCAGUAUCGUCGAUUGGUUGGACGAUUGAUUUAUUUGUCAGUUACUCUACUAGAGUUGAGUUAUUCGGUGCAUGCUUUGGCUCAGGUUUUAAGUGAUCCGCAGGUCACUCGCCUAUUUCUUAGAAGACUAAGAAACAACUUAUUGUCUCUCGUUCCUCGGCCAAAGCCGAAUAUCGUUCCAUGGCAGUUGCAUACUUGCGAGUUGAAAUGGUUGAAGGCAUUGUUGUUUUUUCUUGGAGUUAGUUGUACAAAGUCUAUGCAGUUGUUCGUGAUAGUCAGUCGGCCUUGGCAUAUUGCUAAGAAUCCAGUGUUUCAUGAUCGUACGAAGCAUAUUGAGGUAGAUUGUCAGUUAGUUCGUGAUGAGUUGUUGAAGGGUAAUAUUUCUACUUCAUAUGUUUUGACGCAUCAUGAGUAG